AUGCCCGCUACGAUCCAGAUUCCAAGAGAUGUUUUUGUCAGGCUCAGGCCAGCAACCGAUGGAACGCCGAUUCAAGGCAUUUUGUUCGGUCAACGAGAAGAAACCUUAGAUCGGAGACUUGUCAUUCACGUAAAGGUUUGUGCAAUAAAUGGUAAGCAAAUACGAUCACACAUAUCUACGACAAUCGCUCACAACGAAACACUGUUGAUGAACUGGAAAGGUCAGACCGUACUCGGUUGGUUUGCGGCACCAGAACUUGACGUUUUAUCACGUUGUAAUCCGCCACGCAUAGCUUCUGUUUACUUUCGUACCAUACAAUCAUCCAUGCUAAAGGUCAUCGUAGCAAAUUAUCUCAGACAACACGCAGAGUACGAUGUAAGGGAGAUCACUCCCUUGAUAGCACGUGAAUCGUGUGCCUUAUUCCAGGAUCUCAUUGGAAUUGUUAUUCAGAAAGCACCUAAAACCAUAGACUCAGACAAUUCUACAAUAAUAAUGGACAUUGAAAGCACGACAGCUCAAUGCUAUUUCUCAGCUCCAUCUUUGUCGGAAGUCUUGAAUCAAUUUCAGAAUUUGAAUCGUGACGUUAAGGGAGACAUCGUGGAAAUGAACAUUUUGAAAGAAUUGGCAGAUGUACUACCCACAGGGGUCAAUGGAUUAGGAAUCAGCGGUGCUUCGACGAACAACCAUCCAUCAUUGAUAGAUGAGAGGGAAGACGAAGAUGAUGAGGUGGGAGAAUUAUUUUCGGUGUGGGGAAAUGUGCAAGGAGCUUCAAAUAAAAAAUUGAGAGCAAGAAGAGCAAGUACCACGGACAUUACAGAUGGCAUAUCGAGGCGGGCUUCAUAUUCCACCGCAUCUGAAGAUGUUGUGGAAGAGGCCACCAGAAAAAGAAAGGGAAUUGAUUCCGAAAAUUAUAGCAGGAGCGCGUCGAAAAAGGCGAGUCUACUUUUAUCGUGGGCAAAGACACCCGCAAGCAUGACUACCAACGUUAUUCCUGCACCAUUCAUGAUCAUUCCUGGUCAAGGUUCGGAGUACUUGCACGAAGCGCUCGGGGAGGAUAGUUUGUACUAUUCCACGGAAUUUGACGAGUCAUUAAUGUCAUCCUUUACAAAGUCACAUUUCGCACCAACAAAUGACCAUCAGACUGAGUCGCCGCCGCAAUCGGUUAUGACCUAUGCUCAGCUGAGCAUAGCCCGAUCCUUGGACGCUAUCUCUCAUCACGUUACUUCGUGUACGCAAGGAAAGAUAUCUAUGUAUUCCAAGUCGUGUCAAGAAUACGAGCUUUUAUUAGAAAUACUCGAAGCAUUGGACGGGGUUGGAGACGAAUUUGCGUUGUCCGAGAAGUUGGAAAAUUGGAUAGAGAAUGCUGAGGACGAAGACGAUGAGGUAAUAAUAAGGCAGACUAGUAACUCCAGAUCCGAAGAGGUGGACACGGAAAGUGUGGGCAGCGAAUCACAGGACACUAACAUCGAGGUUGAUCGACAAGAGACUUAUGCUCCGGCUAAUGCGACGUGGAGCAAAAGUGAAAUAAAGAAGGAAGUUGAGGUGAAGAGUGAAGAAGGAGAAAUGGAUGAAGAUCCUUCAUCAAACAAUAAUGUCGGAGCCGAGGUAAGUUCGUCUUCUAUCGAGGAGGGCGAAAUCGAUGAAGAGGAAGAGAUUAAUGUAAUAACACGGGUUACACGUGGUGAAAAUUCUUCCAAGAAGGGGGACGAAAAAUCGUCAUCGCCCCUUCACAAUAAGAACGCUAGAAUUUCUGCCUUCAAUUUGGAAGUUGGGAAAACCACAAAUGUAAGGGAGAAUAGUCCCGGGUGGGCAUGGGAUGAUGAAGAAAUGGGGGAAUGA